CCCCCUUGGUGGGAUAAAUAAAGUCUAUUUAAUCUAAUUUAUCUAUCGAAAUUACGACAAAACUAUUGUUUGACAUGGAAGAAAUGCAUAUUAUUAACCGUCUUAGUGUGAAUUAGGACAGACGUUGUUUAUAUAAUUCCAUGUUUUAAAAUAAUUGAUAUUUCUCAUGAAGCGAAAAACAAAAAUCUGAAAUAUCAACAUUUCAAGUGGCGCGCUUUGCCGAGAUCUCGCGAGAUUUCCGCGCCGCUCUGCACUUGGUCAGCAGCAGCGGACUCCAUUUCGCUGCGUAAAGUCUCCUCCCCGCGACCGCUACAUUCUGCGCCGAAACCCAGUCUCUCCCGGUCCGUAUUUUAACUUCUUCCCACAGACCUAGUGGUACCUCGUUGGGUACCGGGAGACAGUUUGGAUUACUGGCAUCACGGAUUGAGUGCGAUUUUGCGCGGAUGACGACUCCUUCAACGAGAAUUUAGUAAAAGAAAAUCGGUCGGAAAUUUCAGAAUAUGUGGAGGGGAGCCUAAUUGCAGCAUCCUGGAAGUAGAAAGCACAGAAGAUCUGUGUCUCACACCACAGACAGGUGCAGUGUGUAGCAGGGGCAGCACAGAGGAAGGAAGCUCUGGGGAGGAGGCGGUGCGGCAGCGUGCCCCUCCGGCUGUGGAUGUGCUGGGUGGCAACCCCCAGGCUGCACAGAAUGUGGCUGGGGAGUCACCUCGGCAUGCCCCGCAGCCGGUCGCAGCUGCCCCCUGCCCAGUCCCUCCGUUCAUCAAUCCGUCCACUGUGCCACUGCCAGAGAGCAACGACUCAGCAUUCCUCGGCAUGGAGAGCGCGCCUCCGACCGACCUGCCCGAGACUCUCCCGAUCCCAGACGCCGGCGCCUCGGAAGAAGUCCCCGCUGAGGGGAGCGUCGCAGAAGUUGUCGGAGUUUCGAGAUCCUUGCCAACGCCCCUCAAUGAGGACUGUUGCUCCUCAGCUGAGAUGCAAAGGCUUCCAGCCGCCCCCUGUCCUCCUCUCACCCCAGAUACACAGAUUGACAGCACAGUGCAAGAGUUGCAAUACGGGUCACAAACUGAUAAAGAGAAAAGCCACUCGAAUAGUCAGACAAACCAGAUACAGCCACAUCGAGAAGGUGAUGGACUUAUUACAGGGACGGAGGAGAAACAGUCUGUCACAUUGGAAUAUAAACCAGAGACUGGAACAAACGUGGAACUUGGUGGAAAAGAGCACACGGGCGGGAAUAUUCCCCCCCAAUCUCAGAUCUGUUCCACGGCCUCGUCUCCUCCUGUCCCCCAAUCAAGUGCUGGUUCUAAAGUCCAAGACGCCACACGACACGAGGCCACGGAGCAGCCCGACAGAGAUCCACUUGUCCACGCAAAUCAAGGCAGCCAUAUACCUCCACCAGGUGCUGCGGAGCAGACAGGUCUUCACCAGGACUCAAAAUCACCUCCGCUCCCUUCACCCUCACCUGACAGCAGUGAGAUUAAACAAACUGACGUGUCAAAAACAAAACCUGAAAUCAUCAAAGAGACCUCAAACCACGCCAGAGAAACGCAGAAAGCAAACUCUUUGGAGUCAGAUGAGAUGUUUAAAGAACUUGUUGACACAGAAACACAACCUCCUUCAACUGAAAAACUUGAGACUCCAAAGGCAGGAGAGUCGCUUCCUGGAUUAUUCACGUCUUCUGGAAAAGGAAGCUCGGUGUCCAGCAGAGACGACAGCACCACGAGGGAAGAACAAACUGACACCGCCACCUCCUCGUCUAACGUCACGGCGCUGUCAGAGAGCUCUUCCACGCAGGAGAGUUCCUCGAAACCCUCUGCUGCACCGCCUCUGUUUGACACGGGCCUAGUUGUCUCACUGCAGGCGGAGCAGGUUGUCGAAGCAGAAACAUCUCAUCCCUCGAACCAAGUCCUCACGACGGAGACGCCGCUGACUGCCGAGCUCGUGCAUUCAGCCCGCGCUCAAGAAAUCAUGGUGGUCAGAGAGGAGGCUCAUAUCAGCGGCGACUGGUCGAACAUGCACCUGAAUCAGAGUUACCUCCUACAGCGAGAAGACGGCAGCGUCUGCGAAGCUGCCAUCGUUAACGAGCUGAGUUCUGAACUCUCUACAGGAGAACCAAAGCUGUUCGAAGAAAGCGUUCAGGCAGACGUGGAGUUGCACUCGCAACCCGUGGAGGUGUACGAGUUCUGCAGCCUGGUUGAGGAGGUCGCCGAGGAAACUGUGUGCGCCAGCAGCAGCGCACAGAUCUCUCACUCUCCAGGAUAUGAGGUGAACUUAUUCAACGCGUUACUAGAAAACUCUGAGGAGCUAGUGUCGCGCCUUGAACCGACUAUUCACACAAUUAACGAAGGGGACACAGUCAUUAUUUCCCAGCAGCCCUUGCCUUCAUCACACGCUGCAAAUCAGAUACAGGCUUGCUCUAACAGCAACACUUUGUCCGUGCAGAACACGAGCGUGGCUGCUGGGCAGCAUUUGGUGUUAAACGCUAACCAAGCUGUCGAAGUAGCCAACUCGGGCGAGGUUUGUUUAGUUGCUGUUACGUCUGACUCAUUCACUGUCCAACAGACAGACACCAGUCUACAAAUCGUGACGUCUUGUGCACAGGUCCAAAACCGAACAGAGGUGAGUGAUUCCCCUGUAAUUCAAACACUUCCCCAAAAACAGGAAGCAGAAGCAGCAGCCGGUGCGCUGUCGCUCAUAUCCCCAGUGGUUACCGGUGAGGACGUGGGGAUGGAGUCGUCGGUCGCACUGCACGUUCCUCACGUAGAAAAUCAGCCCCCAGGAGUCGCUGUUGUAAGUGACUCAAAGCCUGCCUCGACAGAGACUCCAUCACAGAGAAUCCACAAUGUCGCCGUGCCCACAAAAAGCAACCCAGAGGACGUCUGCGCCGCUCACCCCUCUGGUGUUAUAAAUCCAAAGCUGCUCCUCCUUAAACCGGGAGAAACUCCUCUCCUGAAGCACCCACCCUCCCUUUUGGCACAGGUGUCCAAGCAACAGAAUGCGGCCGGCAAGCUGGCCAAUGCCCACAGCUCUUGGUCUGGCACGGCGUCUGAGCAGUGCCUUCCCCAAACGGUCUCAGCAGCAGACUCUUUAUGUGCGUCUGUGGCUCUGAACAGCCAGAAAGAUCAGACGCGGUGCUCCGUCACUAAAACUCCCGGGACAGCAGCUCCGCCUGUCGAGGUACAGCAGCCUCCCAUGAGCGGUAACAUCCCGCUUCAACUCGACCGGGCUGAAUCUGUCACAACCUCAACUAGCGAAUCAGACAAAGAGGCCUUAACUGUUACCAAAUCGUCAACAAUCGAAGCAGACCCUGUGUCGCAAAAUGUCGUCACCCCUAUGGAUGCAACCCCACCGACUACGCCGGACACCCUCUACAUGCUCGCAGCAUCAGUGGAAGGGGAAAGUACAGUCAUGGCGUCUACCAGUCCUAACCCGGUCAGCCAACCCGAAUCCCUCUAUGCGGAGGAGGAGAGCGAGGACAUGGAGCAGGACGAACCACUGGGAGAAACCGAGGCUCAGGAGGCCACUUCGGGACAGGUCAGCAGUCCAGAGGAAGGCAGUGACGAGGAUCCCGACGGCGACAAAACAGAAAGCGAGAUGACAACCCCGAGCUCUCCACACAAGCAUGGACAGAGCAGGACAGACCGAAAGGCACUGUUCCUCAAGGUACGCCAGUGGAUAGCAGACAGAGUCACGGCGAACUCAUCUCCCCUCUCGCCCUCCACCUCCUCUUCAUACCCUGGUCCCUCGCACAGCAGUGAUUGGUCCACGCCGCGGCGGGAGAAGUCCUCGCCUCUCCGCGGCCCUCACGGGAAGUUCGUUUCUCCUUCCACUAUCGGCGGCUACAGUUCCUCCUCCUCCCCGCCCGACCAGUCCUCCAGUCAGCGCUCCCGUGGAGAGCGACACACAGACAUGGCAGAGCUGGCUAAACAUGAAGCAGACAUUGAACAUCGAACCCAGGCGCUGAAGCGAGAGGGCUUCUGGUCAACGAAGCGUCUCACCCGCCUGACCGAACCGCCACGACCUAAAGUUCACUGGGACUACCUGUGUGAGGAGAUGCAGUGGCUGUCUGCUGACUUUGCUCAGGAGAGGCGGUGGAAGAGAGGGGUGGCUAGAAAGGUGGUCCGAAUGGUGAUGCGACACCACGAGGAGCUGAGGCAAAAAGAAGAAAAAGCCAAGAGAGACGAGCACGCUAAAAUCCGAAGAGUUGCUUCUUCCAUCGCAAAGGAGGUCCGGGCUUUCUGGACCAGCGUUGAGAAGGUGGUGCAGUACAAGCAGCAGUCCAGACUGGAGGAGAAGAGGAAGAAGGCUUUGGACCUUCAGCUUGACUUCAUCGUCGGCCAGACGGAGAAAUAUUCGGACCUCCUCAGCAAGUCACUCGCACCCACCCGGCCUGCUGAAACCGUCCCACUAACUCCCAAAAAAUCUCCACCGCCUCCCGUUGAUGAGGACGACAGAGACUUUGAGCCUCCCUGUGAGGAAGAGGAUGACGAGGAGACCAUAGAGGUGGAGGAGCAGCAGGAGGGCAAUGACGCCGAGAGCCAUCGGAGGGAGAUUGAACUGCUGAAGGAGGAGGGCAUGCUGCCCCUGGACCAAUUACUCAGCACCCUCAAAAUGCCACAGGAGUCGGGCUCGGAUGAAGAAUGCUCCGAUGAGACCUCUUCGUCGGCGGAGGAGGAAGAGGAAGACGGCGAGUUCACUGCCAACGAAGAGGACGCUGAGGACGAGGAGGACACCAUCGCUGCCCAGGAGAAGGUGGAAGGAAAUGUCGACCACGCAGAGGAGCUGGACGACUUAGCCAGAGAAGGCGAUAUGAGCGUUGAGGAGCUGAUGGAGAAGUACGGAGGAGCGUACGCCUCAGACUUUGAGGCUCCUUCAGCAUCUGGCUCCAAAGCGAGCUCUGACUCGGAGGUGUCUGGGGACGAGGAGGAGGAGACCGAAGAAGACGAGAGCGACGCGGAAAGCAACACUUCCUCCUCAGAUUCAGCAGGGGACAGCGCAGAAGAGGACGACAGUGAGAAGGAAGAGGAGGAGAGCGGGGAAGAAGAUGGCAAUGACGACUGUGGGGAUGAAGGGAUGGAGCUCCUGUUAAAGGAAGGUGACAACAGUCCUCCUUCCUCUAGUUCACGGCCCAAGAAGGAGAUCAGCCAUAUUGCUGCUACAGCAGAGAGCCUGCAGCCUAAAGGCUACACUUUGGCUACAACAAAGGUCAAGACCCCCAUCCCGUUCCUGCUUCAUGGCACAUUACGAGAAUACCAGCACAUUGGACUCGACUGGCUGGUCACUAUGUACGAGAAAAAGCUCAAUGGCAUUCUGGCCGACGAGAUGGGACUGGGAAAAACCAUCCAGACCAUCGCUCUGCUCGCUCACCUCGCCUGUGAGAAAGGUAACUGGGGCCCUCACCUUAUCAUCGUCCCCACCAGCGUGAUGUUGAACUGGGAGAUGGAGCUGAAACGCUGGUGUCCUGGGUUUAAAAUCCUCACGUACUUUGGCAGCCAAAAGGAGAGAAAGCUAAAGAGACAGGGCUGGACGAAGCCGAACGCUUUCCACGUGUGCAUCACUUCGUACAAGUUGGUGCUUCAGGAUCACCAGGCCUUCCGACGCAAGUCCUGGCGGUACCUGAUCCUGGACGAGGCACAAAACAUCAAAAACUUCAAGUCCCAGCGCUGGCAGAGCCUGCUGAACUUCAACAGCCACCGGCGCCUGCUGCUGACAGGGACCCCUCUACAGAACAGCCUGAUGGAGCUGUGGUCUCUGAUGCACUUCCUCAUGCCCCACGUCUUCCAGUCCCACCGCGAGUUCAAAGAGUGGUUCUCCAACCCGUUGACGGGGAUGAUCGAGGGCAGCCAGGAGUACAACGAAGGGCUGGUGAAGAGGCUGCACAAGGUGCUGAGGCCGUUCCUGCUCAGGAGGAUCAAGAUCGACGUGGAGAAGCAGAUGCCCAAGAAAUACGAGCACGUGGUGCGCUGUCGCCUCUCCAAGAGGCAGCGGUUUCUCUACGACGACUUCAUGGCGCAGGCCUCGACUCGGGAAACGCUAGCCAGCGGCCACUUCAUGUCUGUGAUUAACAUCCUAAUGCAGCUCCGCAAAGUGUGCAACCACCCCAACCUGUUUGACCCUCGACCCAUCCAGUCUCCCUUCAUCACGAAGCCCAUUGUUUUCCAUACGGCCUCCCUGGUGCAGGACGCCCUGGAGGUCUCUCCUUUGAAGCGCUGCGACCUUUCAAUGUUUGACCUUGUCGGUCUGGAGAGCCGCGUGUCCCGGUACCAGGCAGAUGUCUUCCUGCCGCGCCACAAGGUCAGCCGCCAACUAAUCCAGGAGAUCCUGGAGUCCCCCGAACCUCCUCCGAGACCCAGACCAGUUCGCAUGAAGGUCAACAGGAUGUUCCAGCCGCCUCCUAAAGGCGAUAAUCGACCGGUCCUACUGAUGAACAAACCUACCUGCUCCGUGCCCCCUGCAGCACAAACCCCCAAACCGCCUGCAGUCACUGAAGUCACCUCAACUCCAGUGCCCGCUCCAGUAGUUCAACAAGUGGUGUGUUCAGUCGCUACCGUGCCCUCUCCUCGCCCGUCCAUGCAGCUCACCGCUCAAACUGCAGUGAGAUCCAACGCUCCAAAGCCGGUGCUGACUGUACGGCCUCCCACUGCUUCCUGCACAGCCAGCAUCCCAGCUCCAAACACCAGCAACAUCAUGCCCCAGAGGGUUCUGCUCAGUCCGGAUAUGCAAGCUAGGUUGCCUUCCGGAGAGGUAGUGAGCAUAGCCCAGCUUGCCUCCUUGGCAGGGCGACCCGUGUCCUCGUGUCAGGGCAGUAAACCCGUCACCUUCCAGCUUCAGGGCAACAAGCUGACUCUGUCUGGAGCUCAGAUCCACCAAGUCCCAGCAGCUCCUGCACGCCAGGUUCAAGGUAAUGUGAUGCACCUAGUGUCCAGUGGAGUGCAGCAUCACAUCAUCAGCCAGCCUGCUCAGGUGGCGGUCCAGAGCGCGGCCAACACACAUCCUGCAAGCACCUCGACUGCCCUCCCCACCAAUCGGCUGGCUCACAGCGCCCCCGGACAAGUGACCCCCACCAUGGUGAGCAGCCCCGGCGUCGUGAAGAUCGUUGUGCGUCAGACAGCAGGCAAGGAGGGCGGGCCUGUGCCCACGCUGGCAGUGGCCCCUUCCCCUCGCGUUGUCCCUCAGGCCUCCCCGUCCCCGCACCCUCACGCCAACACAACCCCUGUCAGAAACACUGCUCCACUGCAAAUCUCUCAGCGCACCCCUGGUCCUGCUACCGCUCACUACACCAUAGCUCCUCCCGGGAACCCCAGCUCCACCCCGAACCAGCCCCACCACCCUUGUCCUGUCCUCAAAGUAGUGCAGCCUCCUCCGCCAAGCACGGAGCAGCCAGCUCCAGUUCAGGUGGCCUCUUCAUCCUCUUCGUCCAAGUCUUCAGCUGUACCACGUGACGGCAGCGGUCAAACGCCAGUUCCUACAAAGUCUAGAUCCAGUACAGGGGCGAAAGCCUACCCUCCGCCCAGGAAAGUGCCUCGUCCACCCCCUCGCUCUCCUUUCCACAUGUCAUGGCUGGCAGAUAGCCAUAAACGUCAGUGCGACAGCCGACUGGACUUCAUCAUUCGAGUCAACGAGCUCCACUGCAGUGCAAAGCCCAUGUAUGGCAGAGAGGUUUUGAACUUCCUGACUUUCCUCCCUGGUCCCCGUCCCUCGCCGGCCGCCCUGAGCUCUGAGGGCGAGUGGGGCCGCUCGGGCCAAAGCAGCUGCCUGUUCGCACAGUGGCAGAACAAAUACGACUACUGGUUUCAGAGCCGCGCUGUGAGAGCGGCCAUCUACAGCAUCGAGGAGAGGCUGGAGCUGCUCAGCAACAUCAUAGACAGGUUUACAUUUGCAAUUCCCCCGGUGGAGGCUCCUCCGAUCUCCAUGCACUGCUGCCACCCUCCUCCUUCUCUGAGCAACACGCAGACAGCCUUCUCCUCGACGCUGUCAACUCAAGUCGCUCCGCUUACUCGCAGUCUCCACCGUAUCCAGUGUAACAUGAGGACCCAGUUCCCGGACCUGAGGCUCAUACAGUACGAUUGUGGUAAGCUGCAGACUCUCCACACGUUGCUGCGAAAGCUGAAGACCGGAGGCCACAGAGUGUUGAUCUUCACUCAGAUGACGCGUAUGCUAGAUGUGCUGGAGCAGUUCCUCAACUACCACGGACACAUCUACCUCCGUCUGGACGGCAGCACCCGCGUGGAGCAGAGACAGGCCCUCAUGGAACGCUUCAAUGCAGACCGCCGUAUUUUCUGCUUCAUCUUGUCGACUCGCAGCGGAGGCGUCGGGGUGAACCUGACUGGAGCUGACACGGUCGUGUUCUACGACAGCGACUGGAACCCCACCAUGGAUGCUCAGGCACAGGAUCGCUGCCAUCGAAUCGGCCAGACCAGAGACGUCCACAUCUACAGGCUGAUCAGUGAGCGCACAGUGGAGGAGAACAUUUUGAAGAAGGCCAAUCAGAAGAGGAUGCUGGGAGAUAUGGCCAUCGAAGGAGGAAACUUCACCACCGCCUUCUUCAAGCAGCAAACAAUCCGAGAGCUCUUUGACAUGAAUGAAGGGGAGAAGAGAGAGGUGGCGAUGGAGCUGUCGGUGCCUCAAGCUGAGGAGGAGGAAGCUGUCAACAAGCAGAGCACCACCAUCCUGGAGCAGGCGCUGUGUCGUGCCGAGGAUGAGGAGGACAUAGUAGCAGCCUCUCAGGCCAAAGCAGAGCAGGUGGCAGAACUGGCCGAGUUCAACGAGAACAUACCGCUGGACGACGGAGGGGAACAAGAAGAAGUGGAGGAGCUCUCCAAGGCAGAGCAGGAAAUAGCUGCUCUGGUGGAGCAGCUCACUCCCAUCGAACGCUACGCCAUGAACUUCCUGGAAGCCUCAUUAGAAGAUGUGUGCAAAGAAGAGUUGAAGCAGGCUGAGGAGCAAGUGGAGGCUGCCAGGAAGGGCCUGGACCAGGCCAAGGAGGAAGGCCUAAAGCUUCACGCUUCAUCCGAUGACGACGACGAAUAUCUUCUGUCACCGCCAGCCUCGGUGGAGCCGGCUCAGCCAACCCCAGCCCGCCGUGGCCGUAAACCCAAGGACAAGGACAAGAUCGCCACCUCUACGAGGACUAGCGGUCGGCUGCGUGGGGCCUCGCCUGAAACUGAACCCGAGGCUACGACCCCGAGAGAAGUGCCUGAAAGACUCCGCUUUGGACUGAGAGGACGAGGUGCUGCCAAAGACACUAGUACUGUGUCUACCACCCCGUCCCGCACAGACCACAACAAAACCUCCUCAUCAACCAGGCUUCAGGAUUCCUCUAAAUCUUCAAAAGCUUCAUCUCCUGCCAGAGAUCACCAGGCCACCAAAAGUAGGACUUUACUAAACCGCUCCCAUUCCAGCCCAGUGCCUUCCCCUCCUACAACAUCCCCUCCUGGAGGGAAACAACAGUGUAUCGGGGAGACCGACAGCAAGAGCUCCAAAGCAAGCCGAGAGGAGAAAGAGAUGGAGAAUGAGAGGAGGAUGUCUGAAUCUUCUCUAGAAUCCACCUGCCCAGCAGAACAUCAGUCAAAAGAUGAUGACAGCAAAGACCACAGCCCCAUGUCUCCGCCCUCCACCAGCUCACGAUCGCCUCGCAAGCGUCAGUCAGCGGAUGGUGAAGUCCUGCGGGGCCUGGUUGAAGACUCCCCAUCGGCCAAGGUCCUGCGGAAACUCCCGGGGAGGCUGGUCACAGUGGUGGAAGACAAAGAGCCGAGGAGGAGGCGUCGGCGAGGAAGCGGCACUGGAGGCGGUGCUUCUUCAGAGGAGGCAACUGCGGAGGAGAACGCAUCUGGAUUCGCCGACGAACCAAGCAAAGACAACGCCUCACCGAGCCCCGACAGCAAAACUAAGGGGAUCGUCACUAAAUCUCCUCAGGACCAAGACUCUACUCCGAGUCCGUCUGUGCACCCACAGCCUGUCAGAAGCUAUCCUCCGUAUUCCCCACCCCAUCUUUCUCCCGACAUGCCCGUGCUGAGAAACCUUCCUGUACGGCGCAGGUUGGAGACUGAAUCUCGCAUGGCUGCUCAGCUGGGAGAGCAGCAGCAGCAGCAGCUCCUGGGUAGAGGAAGAGGAGGGAUCCAGUCUAGAAAAACGGACAUUCCACCAGGCAAAGACGCCACUGCAACUUCUACAGAGUCCAGCGUGAACUCUCUCGUAACACCUUUGAAAAGAAAGAGGGGCCGGCCCCCUAAGACUCCUCCUAGGUUACCUGACGCUGACAACACAGCGACUCCUUCCACACAGCCCACCUCGCUAAGUGAUGAAGGGAGCCCUCCACUCUCCCCAAAACGUAAGCGGGGUCGUCCUCGCAAAGACUCUACAAACGUACUAGAAACUGUUAGUGAAAGACAAAUCUCUAGUAAUGAGACCACCACCACCACCACUGCUGUAUCUGGUAUGUCAAAAACUGAUGCUAGCACAGAGCCAACAUCCUCCCACAAGUCGGAAACCCCCAUAGCUGCUGUUAUCACUACAAGUCAGGCCUCCCAGUCUACCAAAGCUGAGGAAACGGACUCUAAGGCUGAAGUUUCUGCCCAUGCUCCAAAUCCAGCUCAAACCUCUACUACAGCAACGACAGAUAAACCUUCCACACCAGUCUCGACUUCAGCACCCGCUGCACCCACACCUCUUCCUGUGGCUGCCUCCACAUCGGCCUCAGCGCAAGUCAUUAGUUCAGCUCCAGCUACAGUUCAAAGCCUAGACAGAGCAUCAACCCAGGCUUCCUCUACAUCCCCUAUCACACUUUCCACAUCUGCCACCGUCUCGGUCACUGCUACCCCCACUACCACAGUCCCACUGCCACUUUCCAGCACUGUCACAUCAACAUCAACCCUCCAAGGUGUAAAACAAACACUCGUGGUUUCCACAGCCUCUAAAGCUCCCGCAGAGCCCAAACCAUCAUUAUCUACAACUGUAAAAACAAUAGGACCAGACUCUGCCAAAACCACCACAGUUGCCACCCCUCCAUCCGCUUCGUCAUCAUCUCCCACGGCUGUCAAAGCAGUCCCACCGUCAGUCCCUGCCACAACAAUUACAACAGCUCCUAACGUAACAUCAAAAACAGAAACUGUUACACCAGCAGUAACCACCACGGCUAAAUCAGCCCCAACUAAAGCUACUGCUGUGACGGACCUACCGCAAGCCUCUGCUCUGUCGUCUGAAAAACCUACGCCAGCUACUGUAACGCCGGCCCCAGCUACUGUAACGCCCACCCCAGCUACUGUAACCACCCCAGCUACUGUAACACCCACCCCAGCUGCCCCCCAAAAGGUUUCAGUUACAGCUACAAGUCCACCUUCAGUUUCACCAAAACCAACUUCGUCUUCCCCCCCUACAGCAACAACCAGGACGACAACAGUGAAAUCUAGUUCAUCAAACUCAACAAGCCCAAGCCCCGUUCGCACUGCAAGUCCAACCACGUCUGACAAAGCUUCUACACCACCACCGGUGGCAUCAUCUGCUUCAUCACCUUCUCCAGCCCAAGCAGGGACUAAUGUGACAACUACCAGAGUCCCUACCAAGCCAGUGACAACCACAGCAACAACAGUUCAUGUGGCUGCACAGGUAACAACUGUUUCAGCGGCUGGUGCAUCCUCAGCAAAACCUCCUCCAGCACCUACGCCGAUCUGCACUCAUGCCCCCGCUACAACUUCUGCCAGUGUAGCUACCACCGCCAAGGCAAAGGCAGUUACAGUAACUACACCGACCUCAACAGAGGGAGUCCAAGUAACAGCCCCUUCCAAAGAACACACGACUGAAACUACUCGCCCCGCAACUCCAGAAAAGACUGUCAAGAUCUCACCCGCAGUAACAUCUUCUACAGGUGCCCCAACAGUCACCACAACUACGUCACCCCCAUCCUCAGAGAGGUCCAUUACAGUAACUACCACCAACGUCACAACUACCCAAGUAUCCACUACCAAAGCUGCCACCCCCGUGUCAGCAACCACAGCUGCCACAACCAAAACAGUCCCUCCUGUGUCCAACAAACAAACCUCUGAAGAGGUACAAAGCUCCGUGUCCACAGACGUUUCCCCAGAGGUAUCCACACCACCCCAGAAAGAGGCCCUUCCCGAAGUACCCACCUCUGCUCCUCCUAGUGUUUCAUCUGAGAAGAAAUCUUUAGAGACGACGCAGAAAGCUUCUAAAAGCGACCCGGACAGGGCGACAGAAAUGGACGUAGAUGAUGUGAAGACUGAAGUGAAAACUGGCAAGGACGAUGAUGACAAAGAGCAAGAGGUCAGUGAGUCUCAACCUAAAAAGAGAAAGGUUGAGAGUUCCUCUGAGACCAAAAACGUUGAGGAGGGAAAAGAUGGAGAAACACAGUCUGCAACUGCCCCGCAGAAAGAAGAACCAAAGCGAGAAGCAGCAGAGCAAACUACUGAAGAUCAGAAAACUCCAAUCCAGAAAAGGCCUCUUAGUCGUCAGAGCAGCCAAGAGUCCACUCGCUCCUCUUCACCAUCGUCUGGGUGCUCUACAACAACCCUCACUCGUCAUGCUCACCACAAGAGGACUUAUGAAAACAGACACCCGGGCAAGAAGAGGCGAAUGGACGUCACCUCAGAAACAGGGAAGGAGGAGAAAAGGGGAGAUGGUGGAAGGAAGACGGAGGAAGGCAACGAGAAGGAGCUCAGCACCGCUUCGUCUCGGAGACGGCGAUCCAGGUCUUCCUCUUCCUCCUCGGACUCUGACAACAGCGAGACCAGAAAGGAGCAGCGUUUGACCCGCUCGGCCAAGCACAGGCUGCAAGAUCAGGAAAGGGAGAAAGGAAACAGCCGGCAAGGGAAGAAACCUGCACACAGCUCUGACAAGAACACAUCGAACAAUGCCAACACAUCAACAGGUGGAGAGUCUGGCAGCGAUACGUCGUCUGUUAGGAUCACCAGGAAGUCUGCAGGAUCUCAACCUUCACAAGACAGUAAAGUUCAGACGAACAGCGCGCCCUCGUUGCCGUCUGAGCCUGAAGUUCUGGGGAAGAGAUGCUCGGCACUCAAUGCAGCAGCCAAGCUCCUCGCAAUGAAAGGCCGGGUGGAUUCCCCCGGCCACUUCACUCGGAAAGACUCGGGCGCCAAGGCCGCCGCGACUUCCCCUGCCUCAUCUUCGGACAAGAACCAAAAGCCUAAAAGCAAAAGUGUGGCAGCCUCCCCUCAGAGUAACUCUGUCAACCUUACUAACAAUAAAAGCAGUGGCAACAAACCAUCAACGCCCAAUCAGACGAGCCGCUCUGCUUCCCGCUCCACCCGACAGUGCCCGGGUUCUCUGGUUCCACCCCUGGGAGUGGAGAACAAGAAGUCCAAAGCAGAGGAAAGGGGGAACAGGAAGUCAUCAGGGGGAAAGGAAGGCGACGCAGAGGCUCAGUCUUCGUCCCGGGGCCACAGCGCUUGCAGCAGCAUGAGCAGCGACGGCGAGGGCGACGGCGGUGGACGCAGCAGCAGAAGUCGCAGCAGCAGCAACAGCAGCCAACGCACCCACAGCAUCAGCUCUCAAAACACGGAGCACAGGGAGUCCCGCGCCGCCUCCUCCGGCAGCGAGCGCAGCUCAGAGUGGGCAAAGAGCAGAGACAGAAGAGAGAGGCAGGGCCACCACAGGGAGAGUCGGCAGGACAGCAGGAGGUCCCAAAGGCUCUCGCAGGAGGUGACCAGCAGCUCGGGAGCAGAGGGGACGCCGGACAGGGUGUUGCGGAGUGUCGCGGCGCUCGCGGCAGUGCAGGCCAGGUCACCGGCCGCAAGCACGCGCUCCUCUUCUGGUCAGCAUCGUCACAACAAGACAUGAUCGGAGUGCCAAAGGGAAUUUUUAAAAAAAAAACGGAAGCGAGAGUGUUGUUGCAGAGCACGAUACGAGAGCAUGUCACGACCUCCAACGGCUGCUGCUUUGUCUGCACUCUGAACGAACGCAAGGGAACCGAGUGCUGCACAAGCUGGGGACCUCCCCUCCCUGCCUCUUGGGGCCCUCUCCCUUUUCCAAUUGGAGCUGGUCCCCUCACCAGCUCCAGCCAUUUGUCAGCUGCGGGGGGAAGGCUCAGGGAUGCCGGACUGAGAGUUAAAAAAAAAUAAAUUAAUUAAAUAAAAACGCGGCGCUAUCAUUGUGGCGUCCGUUAAAAACCGACGGAGAGAGACAGUGGAUUAAACGAACCGCUGGGACUCGAGGGUGACAGAGGUGGUGCGGGAGGUAAUAAAGGAAAGUUGUUAGUUCACAUUAUGUACUGUAAUCAUUAAAGACUGGAACACUCAGAUCUUAUGUGUUAAGACAGGAUUAUACAGCACCCUCUUAUUAGGGUUAUAAAUGAAAAGUCAUUUGUGUGACAUUAAAAACUUUUGAGUGACCAGUUGUAUUGUAAGUUGGAGGUUUUAGAAAGUUUGGUUUUGAAAAUUUCGUCAGCUGUCCUGACUAUUGUUUCUUUGUAGUCAGUCGAUAAGUUAUGCAUAUUUUAUUAUUUCUUCCAGGGUAUUAGGAAGAGAACUGAUCUGUCAAUGUGAUCUUUGCUGCACUAUGCUGGAGCUUGUCUUUGCUUGGGCCCCCCCUUAUUUUUUUGUUUUGUUGUUGUUUUUUCAUGUUUCUGUUCAUUGGAUUCAUUUUUUUUAAAAAUCCAGCCUUGCAUUUCUCAUUUGCACAUCUGAUAACGUGGCCCUCGGCUUUUUUCGAGUACUUUGUGGUGUAGUAAUAAGUUUUUACAUCAACUUCAGUGAAUUAAUUAAUUGGUCUCCCGGUACCUCACGACGUAUCUCUACAGUUCAAACAUAUUAAUUCAAGUUGAAAGGCUCCUCUUGACAUGACCUGAAGCGGAGGAGGAAAAUAAAAAAUCUAAUUUUUCCGAAUCUUCCCAAAGGCAGUUAUUAUUCCGGUUCACUUCGUCAUGUAUUUAUAUGGAAAAUUAAAUGUCGUUAAAGAGUGCCUCUCGGGCCAGAAAUGGGUUUGAACCUCAGAUUGCCUUGUGAAGCACCUGAAACAUGGAGGUGUGGCGCUUCUCUCGUUAUUUAAAAAAAAAAGAAAAGAUGAAAAAAAAAAAAGUAUAACUCCUCCACCCACCCAACCAACCAACCAACCACCACCAAACCACCACCACCACCCUCUUCAAGAAAAGAAGCACCGUGCAUCAGUGCAACCAAAUUGUUUCAUUUUUUCACCAGAGGUUUUUGUCACUGUCACUUCAUCGCUCUUCGUUCAUGUAAAAAAAAAGAAAAAGAAAAAAAAAAUACUUGGACAAAAUAUGUGAAUAAAAAUUACUGGUACAGUUCCAGAUGACUGUAAAUUGUCGAUUUCCUUUGAGCAAAGGUAUCCGAGACGGAGGACGGGGAGGGUGGGGGGUGGUUAGUUUAUGGUGAUGGUCUUAUUAUUAUUUUAUUUUUUUGAUUUGUCUCUUCAUUUGUUGCAUUCCUUUUGAUCCCUUGUAAUUCCACAUUGUUUUACUUGAAAGACUAAGACAAUUACAGUUGAAUAAAAAGACCAAAAAUUA